UAAAACGCUGUCGAAUUUUCGAUGAAAUUAUACUGAAGUUUGUAAGAGUUGAUAGUGUUUAGAAAUUUCACUUGGGUAUAUUUUAUGCAUUAAAAAUUUUGUUAAUAAAAUAUAAUGUCUCCAGAGCCAGAUGCUGAGCAAUUAGCUUGUAACAAAUUUGUUGCUAUUGAAAAGGAAACCGACGUUGCAAUGGAAGAAAAUCUAAAUAACUUGGGCUUGCCUACGGAUUCUGGUGAAAUUUGCCAACAAACGGAUGAGGCUCUCCCGCGCAAACAACGCGAACGCCGCAAUAAAUCGCCCAUUGCCAUUUCGACGCUGAUGGAAUCUUUUGCUGCACCUCUAUCACCAGCAUCUUCCUCGUGCACUUCUCAAGGUAAUAGCAGUGCAGAUGCAACAUUUGAACCGUCAAUUGAUAUGAUGGUGAACGAUUUUGAUGAUGAGCAAACGUUAAACGAAGAGGAAGCAUUAGCUGCCAUGGAGCACCAAGAUCCACAUGAUGAAAUUGCGACACUGCAGGAAGAAAGUGAAAUGCCUUUGGAAGAGUUAUUAGCGAAAUAUCAGGUUGCGCCACAAGUUCCUGUGUAUGUAAGCUCGUCCAGAAAGAAGAAACGUACCGCUGGCAGUGGUAAGAAUUCUAAGCAUAGAAAAGUUGAUAGUGAAUCGACAGUAGGCUCAAAUAGUGCAGAAGCAGGAACAGAGACAGCGUUAGAAAGUAUUGUCGAUAAUGAAGCGAUAAACUCUACAGAUAGAUCAGCAAAUGAUGUAAUUUUGAUUGAAGAGAGUGGUGAUGAAGAAGCCGCGGCAAAAAAAUCAUUAACGGAUAUGGGCGAUAAUGACGAAUCUCUUACCCCAGAAGAGUUUCAAAGUACAAAUGAGGAAAAUAACGACACAUUAGCAUUAAAUGGACAUACAGAAAAAUCUAAACAACGUCGCACGCAUCUGAUGGAUCUUUAUCCCGAAGAGUCAUUUACAGCAGUAAUAAAUUCCGUCGGAGACCAGGACAAAGAUAUUUCACUUGAACUCCUGUAUAACGAAGAAAUAGAAGAAGAUAUUAUUGAUGCCGAAGAGGAAGAGGAAGAUGAAUUCGAUAGUGACUAUGUAAAGAAAACAAUCAUGGUUGGUUCCUCAUAUCAGGCAACCAUACCGGACGGUUUGUCGCAAUAUGGGGAUGUGCUACCGUAUGAAAAUGAAGAUAAAUUGAUUUGGGAGCCUAGUCAGGUUAGUGAGAAGGAAGUUGAGGAAUACUUAUUGAAAGCACGUGAUAUCAAACCGAGUUUGUUGGAUAAUGUGGACGAGGAAUGUGAAGAGCCCAAUCAGAUCACGCCUUCCGGAAAUGCAGAUUCCGAUGCUACAAAUACGGUAAUAAACGGCAUUGAAGCCGAGAACGCAAAAUCUUUUACAAAUCAAAAAACGGAAGAUACGCAAAGCACAAUGACUUCGUUAGCUGGCGAAAAUGUUGAUGUAACUGCUGUGAUUAAAGAUAAUGAACAGGCACUACACUUACUCGUCCAAUGCGGUUAUGACUUUAAAGAGGCUUUACGACGCAAACGUCUAAAUGCCUUGCCACUAACUGGUUCGAUGAGUCUUUGGUCAGAGGAAGAGUGUCAUAAAUUCGAGGAAGGAAUACAAAAGUUUGGCAAGGAUUUUCUCAAAAUCCGUCAAAAUCAGGUGCGAACCCGUACAAUGCGUGAGCUGGUGCAGUUUUAUUAUCUAUGGAAGAAAAGUGAUCGUCGUGAUCAUAAUUUCGCAAAUUCCGACACAGUGGAUCACAUGGACAUUUAUUUAAAUGAGGGUGGUGACUAUAGUCCAACGGGAGGAAUUAAUGGCAAUGCAGCAGCCGCCAAUUCAUCCAACAACAAUGGUGCGGCAACGCUGGGUACACGAAAAAAUAGCGUUCAGAAAAAUCCCAUCUCUAUAAUGAUGACAGGCAGUACAAGCUCUAAUACAAGUAAUGUGACAACUACAGUCCCGGCAACACAAUUAAAUACCCAAAAUAAUAAAGUAGUAAAUAAUCGAAAACGUAGUGUAAUCGGUUCACCUAACAGUAAUUAUGAGAACACAGUGAAUCCAAGUCUGCCAGUAGCUGCAGUACCAACUAAAUGAUGACAAAUUUUUAAAUAACGCAAUGCCAAAGCGCUUGCAAGGAGAAGUGGAAGGGGUCGUCAUGCAAAAGUUAAGUCCUACUGGCAUUGGCGAAAUACACGUAAUGCUGCGCAUACAUUUAAAAGGUUAAGGAAAUAAUUAGUAUUAAAAGUACAUAUUAAUAUUUCUUUAAUAUUCCAACAAAAUUCUAUAGUACAUACAUAUGUACGUCUGCUGUAAUACUUUGAAUAAUUUAUUAUUUUUACUAUGAAACGUAACGUUGACUUUAUUCUUAAUGCUUUAAGUUAGUUAAGUUUUCAGCAAUUAAUGUUGACACUUUUACAUUAAACUAUAUGAAUUUUUUAUAUACAUAAAUAUAAUCUCA